AUGGAUGAAGAAAAUGAUAAUUCUCCAAAGAGCAUCACAACAGAACUGAAAGUAUACAUGCACUGUGACGCCUGUGAAAGAUCAGUACGCUGUUCUAUCAAGAAAAUCAAAGGCGUCGAGACGGUCGAGGUGGACAGGGAUGAGAAUAAGGUCACGGUGACAGGAGAUUUCGAGCCGAAAGAAGUGUUGAAAAAGAUCAAGAAGAAGACUGGGAAGAAGGCGGAAAUAUUGAUCCCUGAGGAAAAUGAGGAAGAAUACAAGGGAGAAGAACCUUAUGUUCCUUAUGAUGAUGAUGAUCCAGUGCUGGACCAAGAGGGAGCAGUGGCUCAUGAGUUUCAGAACCAUGGGCUCGAAAGAUGUGACCUCCAUUAUUUCGAUGAUGAAAACACAGAAGCAUGUAGGAUCAUGUAG